AUGGAGGCCGAGCUGGCCGCCCUCGCCGCCGCCGAGGCCGAGUUGGCCCGCCUCGAGGCCGAAAGCAACUCUCUGAAGACGGACGCCCCAGGCCCCGAGGUUUCCGCCCCCGCCGAAGCGUCCGCCCCAGCUGAGGUUUCCGCCCCGGCCGAGCCCGCUGCCGAGGUGAAAAGUGAGUCCGCUGCUGAAAAAUGUGAGUCAUCGACCGAGGUGGUGUGUGAGGCUGUGUGUGUGACGCCUGAGACCCUGGGUGAGCUACCCCCCUCCCAACCCCCCUUCCAGGUUCCCCCACAGGAAGAAGAGCAGGCGGCCCAGGAGACCGCGGCCGAUGAACCACAGGCGGCUGACGAGCCCGCCGCCGAGCCCGAGAAGCCCCUGCAGCAGGAGGAAGCUCCGCUGGAAGAGCCACAACCAUGGGUCGAGGAGCCGCCAGCGGCCCAGGAGGAAGAGGUCGCUGUGGCUCAGGAGGAGAAGGUCGCUGUGGCUCGGGAGGAAGAGGCCCCUGUGGUUCAAGAAGAGCCGGUCCCCGCGGUCGAGGACGAGCCCCCGGCGGUGCAGAAGGAGGAGGAGGAGGCCCCUGCGGCCCAGGAGGAAGCGCCAGUCACCCAGGAGGAGACCCCCGUGGCCCAGGAGGAGGGCGGCCACGGGGAGUCUCCCCCUGGAGACACCGACUGGUGGCUUGGCUCCGGGGCCGACGAGGCGGCGCCCGCCGGGGAUGGCGGCGAGGACGCAGGGCAGCAGCUAGGAAAGGAAGCAGAAGACACGACCCCCGUCACCACCACCGAACCCGACGCCGGCCAAGGGGGAACUGAGGAGACUGCUGACGCUGCUGCUGGCGCUUCUGCUGACGAUGCAACCACCUUUGCUACCAGGUCCGACGAGCCUCUGGAGUAGAUGUUUUCUUUGGCAAACAAAAUCAAAAGCUGUCGCCAUGACGAGCACUCCUCCGCUGUGUUAUAUCUUUUGUAAAAUGGCGAGUCUCUUUUCUUCUUGUAAAGAUCUGGAACGCCCUUUGCUCUUUCACCAUCGAAUUCUCAAAGGGUCGUGAUGUACUAAUUAGUUUAGCAAUAUAACGGUACAGAGAAGAGCAAUUAUAUUCUCUAUCAUAUUAUUUUUUCUUCUGUUUUCGAAUUUCUUUUGAGAGGAAGUUUGGGUUUUGUACCUAAGACGGAUUAGCGUCACUAAAACAUGCCUAAAUAAUGCAACUUGAGAAGUAACACCACCUCCACAUAAAAUAUUUUAGUAUCUCCUUAAAAAGUACAGCGAGAAAUUUCUGUUACUAUUUUCUUUGUCUGGGGGACUGUGCUAUAGUGUGCCUCCAGGGUCGCUAUGGUAUUUCAGCUCCUGGCCAGCGUAGUAUUUACGUUAUUUAGUUUUGUAUUUCGUUAUUUUGAAGUGAUUUUUUCGAAUAUUGUGAAUGGAUCAAGAUUGGAUAUUGUAUCAAAGAUUAUACCAGGUUAUUUAUAACUUGAUUUGAUUGUGUUUAUUAUGUAAAUUAGCAGGCAGGAUCAGUAAACAAAAUUGUGCAAUUAGAUUAUGACGUACGAGACGGUUUAUGUUUCAAUGUAGCUUCUUCUGGCUCUUUCUCACAGGGUUGUGUAUAAUGUCCGAUUCCUGAAUUCUUUACCAUAACCCAAAAAGAAGCAAGCGAAAAUUGCUCAGGCUUCCCCGAUGCUCGCACGCAUCCCGCGCCAGACAUUGUGAAAGCUGCACUUGAGUGGUGGUUUAGAAUUCAGGACCAUGUAUGUGUUCCCUGUGUUGCAGUAUAACGUAAGUGAUGAGUGAUUUAUGUGUGCGCAGAUACGCAACACUAUCCCGGACCUUAAAGUUUGUAAAUAAGAAAGAGAGAUGACUGGCUCACUGACGAGGCCCAGAACCCAGGUCGGAAUCCACGGAGACGAUAGUGUUGCUGCUUGUGCAAAUGCGAGUUUGUUUUGUUUUGUUUAUUUUUUUCAUCAGAAAUGGGCUGGGAAUCAUAAUAAAUGUAGGCAACUCGCACGCAGGAACUGUCAGUCCUAAAUCAUUUUCAAAAAAAUGAUAUAAGUUUGCUAGUAAUCAGCUUAUUUGAAAUAUGUUGUGAUUAGUCUUUAAAAAAAAAAAAUGAAUACUUAAUCGUCGCGUUUCGAUGAUUUCAUUACUUUAUUAAUUUAUUUAUUUUGCGUCUGCGUCUACCUUCUUCCUGAUGAUUAUGUCUUGUUCACAAUAAAGAUGUUAACCACAGGGUAAA